AUGAACUUGCUAAGGCCACCUCUGGCCUCCAACGUACCUUCAAUUUGUUUAGCAGCUGUUGGUGAAGUUCAUAUUCAAGAAAUGGUAAGAUCUGGGAGAAAAAAAAACUUAGGUCAAAAUACUUGAUUAUUAUUAUUAUUAUCAUUAUUAUUAUUAUUAUUAGCAUUCUCAUCUUCACUAAUAGUAGUGGUAGUGGUAGCGGCAGUGAUAGUGGAAGUGGUAGUGGUAGUGGUGAUGGUAGUGAUAGCGGUGGUGGUAGUAGUGGUAAGGGGUGUUGGUAGUGGUAGGGGUGGUUGUGGUAGCGGUUGUGGUAGUGGUAGUGGUGGUGAUAAUGUGAGUGGUGCUCAUAGUGAUGGUAGUGUUAGUGGAAGUGGUAGUGGUAGCAGUAGUGGUAAAGGUAGAUGCUUCGACAAAUGCAAAGAUUGUUUGAGAAAGUCACUGCGAGACUAG